AGACGAAUUCCUCGAUCUGCACCGUGGAGGUAAUCUUGCCUCUCAACGACCUAAUCCAAUUCCCGUCAUUGAUCUCAAUGACAACUGACUUGUUUUUUCUUGAGACUAGCUCGAAGAGGUGCGGUGCUAGGUUUCUUGGCGUCAAUGUCAUCAAGCCAACUGUCGUGACAGAAUUUAGCUGUCUUCCCGAUUUUUCUUGUUUGCACAGUACAAGACAAACAUUCAGCGCUCAAUGUUCCAGCGUGUAGAAUUUGUCAUCCGAGCUUCUUCGAUCCUUCGACGGAGAAGGCGCUCGAGAAGAUUCAAAGAAGAGUAGUCAAGGAUAUGAAUAUAACCAGAAAAGGACACAAAUAAACUAUGCACAUUUUCUUCGAGGUGCCAUCUGUUCGGUCGAAUCUCCUGUUUAUCAACUCCCUUCCCAAUUAUAAUUGCAGGAGCAAGAGCAACCAGAAUAGAGCAAGUGUGACCCAUCUUGUGCCAGUGCCGCCGUUGACCUCUCAAAACACACAUAAUUUCAAUCUUGUUGGCCCUGCUGAGCUCUCUUGAUCAAGUGAUUAACUCAUGGCUAUGAUCCUAGACGCCUUCGUGCCCAUGCUGGGGCGAAUGGUCGCUGGUGCCGUGAAGGAGAGGCUCGACACGCUCCUCGGCGUGCCCGGGGAGAUGGAAAGGCUGGAGAGCACACUGGAGGACCUCGUGAAUGUCCUCGGCGACGCCGAGAUGAAGCGCAUCACGGACACGGCCGUCGACGCCUGGGUUCGGGAGCUUAAGGACGUCAUGUACGACGCCGACGACGUCCUCGACCGGUGGCAGAUGGAGGCCCAGGCCCGCAGCAGCAGCGACGCGCCCAAGCGCUCGUUCCCUGGCGCUGGCUGCUGCGCGCCCCUCCUCACGUGCUUCCGGGACCCGGCGCUCGCUCACGCCAUGGCGGCGCAGAUCAAGGAGCUGAACCGGAGGCUGGAGAGCGUGUGCCGUCGGAGCUCCAUGUUUCGCUUCGUCAGCGCCUCGUCGUCCGUCCCCCUCCGGCAGCAACUACCACCGGCAUCCAGCGGCAACGGUAAGACGAGCUCGGUGAUCGUCCACGCCGAUCUCAUCGGGGAGAAGAUCGAGGAGGACGGGAACAGGCUGGUGGAGGCGCUGAUCGCCGACGACCUGCGCGAGAACGUCCUCGCCGUGGGCAUCACAGGCGCCGGCGGGAUCGGGAAGACCACCCUCGCCAAGAGGGUCUUCGCUGACCAGCGCGUGCGCGACGAGUUCGACCUCAGGGUGUGGGUGUGCGUGUCGCAGGACGUGAACGAGGCUGACCUGCUGUGGUCCGUCCUCGUUGGCGCCGGAGGCGGCCACCAGCUCCAGCAGCAGCACGACGCCACGCCGGACAGGUCGUCGCUGGAGCCCGCGCUCCAGCGGGCCGUCUCGGGAAAGAAGGUCCUGCUGGUGCUGGACGACGUGUGGAGCGACGUGGCCUGGAAGGAGGUGCUACAGAACGCGUUCAGGGCCGGCGCUCGUGGUGGCAGCAGGGUGCUCGUCACGACGAGGAAAGAGACGGUUGCCAGGCAGAUGAAGGCCGUGCACAUCCACCGCGUGGAGAAGCUGCAGCCUGAAGAUGGGUGGCGCUUACUCAAGAACCAGGUAGUCUUGGGCAGGAAUCCAACCGACAUUGAAAAUUUCAAAGACAUUGGUAUGGAGAUCGUCACAAGAUGCGAUUGCCUGCCGCUUGCCAUCAAGACAGUGGGUGGGCUACUGUGCACAAAAGAGAGAACGUUCAGAGACUGGGAGGAAGUCUCAAGGAGCGCCGCAUGGUCCGUGGCAGGACUACCUGAAGAGGUUCACAACGCCAUCUACCUGAGCUAUGCCGAUCUACCGCCUCAUUUGAAACAGUGUUUCCUGCACUGCUCCCUUUUCCCAAAAGACGAAGUCAUCAAACGGGUGGAUGUCGUUCAGAUGUGGAUCGCCGAGGGGUUUGUACAAGAGGAUGGGUCCUCAGCGCUGCUCGAAGAUGUAGGGAACAUGUAUUACAGAGAACUAGUCAUGCGCAACCUACUCGAACCUGAUGGCCAGUAUUACGAUCAGUCAGGAUGCACGAUGCAUGACCUUCUUCGAUCGUUUGCCAAUUAUCUGGCAAAAGAUGAAGCGUUGCUUCUUACGCAGGGCCAAAGCUUAUGCGACAUGAAGACAAAAGCCAAGCUGCGUCGGCUGUCCGUAGCAACCGAAAAUGUGCUCCAAAGUACCUUCAGAAAUCAGAAGCAGCUGAGGGCGCUAAUGAUACUCCGAAGCACCACGGUUCAGCUGGAAGAGUUCCUGCAUGACCUGCCUAAGCUGCGACUGCUGCAUCUCGGGGGUGUAAACCUCACAACCUUGCCGCCUUCUCUGUGUGAUCUGAAGCAUCUAAGAUACUUGGAGCUGUCUGGUACCAUGAUAGAUGCAAUCCCAGACUCGAUUGGAGACUUGAGGUAUCUACAGUACAUUGGUCUGCUAAACUGCAUAAAUCUGUUCAGUCUUCCUGGGAGCAUAGUGAGACUGCAUAGGCUGAGAGCUCUCCACAUCAAGGGGGCCAGUGUGAAUGACAUCCCCAGGGGGAUAGGGAGAUUACAAAACCUUGUCGAGCUGACUGGUUUUUUAACACAGAAUGAUGCUGCUGCAGGUUGGAACAGCCUGGAGGAGCUAGGCCACCUGCCCCAGCUCAGCCUCUUGUAUCUAAGCAACCUAGAGAAAGCACACACCGGCUCUGUGGCCAAGAAAGCAGACCUCCAAGGCAAGCGCCACCUUAGAUACUUAAGCUUGGAGUGCACACCAAGAGCCGCUGGUGGAAAUCAGAUCAAAGAUAAUAACACACAGCAGGAGAAACGUCAGAUUGAGGAUGUCUUUGAUGAGCUCUGUCCACCGGUUUGCCUCGAAAACCUCUCACUAAUCGGCUUCUUCGGACACAAGCUUCCUAAAUGGAUGAGCUCAGGCGAGAUGGAUCUUAAGUACCUAAGAUCAAUAAAACUCGAAGAUUGCACCUACUGCGAGCAGCUCCCCGCAUUGGGCCAUCUCCUGAGUUUAGAUUUCCUGCUGAUCAAACAUGCGCCAUCUAUUAUGAGAAUUGGACACGAAUUCUUUUGCAGCAGCAAUGCUACACAAAUAGACCCUCGGAUGCUGUUCCCAAGGCUGGAGAAACUUGGAUUUGAUAGGUUGGAUGGAUGGGAAGAAUGGAUAUGGGACAAGGAACUUGAGCAGGCAAUGCCAAACAUCUUUUCUCUCAAAGUCACAAAAUGCAAGCUCAAGUAUUUCCCCACAGGGCUUGUGCAUCAAACCAGGACCUUGAGAGAAUUGAUCAUAUCUGAAGCUUGCAACUUGACAUCAGUUGCAAACUUUCUCCUCCUCAGCGAUCUGCAUCUCCAUGCCAACCCAAAUCUCGAGAUGAUCGCCAAUCUCCCUAAACUACGAAGGCUUUCGGUUAUCCAAUGCCCCAAGUUGAAUGCACUUGUGGGUUUAACAGAACUGCAAAGCAUUACAUUGCAGGACUAUGCCGCAGAACUGUUUCCACAGUACUUGGAAGAAACUAGUGCUGCAAAGCUAGAGGUUUUCUGUAAUGAAGAACUCUUCAAACUUAUAACCCUGCAAGAAGGUUCAGAGUGGUGCAAGAUCAAGAAUAUCCAAAAUGUUAAAGCAUAUGCUCCCAAAGGAGGCGACCGUAAAGGAUGGUACGCAUUAUACACUAAGGAACCGUUUAGCCUGACCACAAACAACAAGGGGUGCGAAAUAUUUGAAGUUGCAAAGUCCUAAUGAUUGUUGAGUUAAUUCAUCUAGAGCCGAACGGCAAACUGUCUCUCAUCUUGUUUGAGUCCAUUGACUCUACAUUGGAAAUCAAAAUAUUGUUGUGGUAAAGGACUUCCCGAAAGAAGUUUGUUCCAGCUA